ACAUCCAGUAUACUCUUCUACACAUCCAGUAUACUCUUCUACACAUUCAGUAUACUCAUCUACACAUCCAGUAUACUCUUCUACACAUCCAGUAUACUCUCUACACAUCCAGUAUACUCUUCUACACAUCCAGUAUACUCUUCUACACAUCCAGUAUACUCUUCUACACAUUCAGUAUACUCAUCUACACAUCCAGUAUACUCUUCUACACAUCCAGUAUACUCUUCUACACAUCCAGUAUACUCUUCUACACAUCCAGUAUACUCUUCUACACAUCCAGUAUACUCAUCUACACAUCCAGUAUACUCAUCUACACAUCCAGUAUACCCAUCUACUGAUGACAGUGGCAACAGUGUGCGGGGAGCUCAGGGGGUUAUGGUUGGAUUUGGUUUAGCAGUUGCAGUUCUGUUUUUACUUCUGCUGCUUCUUGGAACUCUGUUUAUUGUCUUCAUUCUGCACACCAGGCACAGAAAAGUUGCUGUUAUGAAGCCUGCUACUGAUCAAAACGUGAAUCUGAAAGAAUAUGCGAGUGUUUCCUUACAACUGUCUGACAAUGCACUUUAUUCUGUCGUACACUGAGAAAUCAAUUUUUAUGUGUGAAGGGAGGUCCGCAGAUUGUUAGCGCAUGCGCAGUAGUAGAUAGCUCGUGUGGGCGUGGCUGAUAGUGGAAGUGCCAGGAAGACGGGUCAGUCUUGUAAAGAGAGCAUGG